CCGAGCUGCACGGCAGCAGAGUUGCAUACCAGUAAGCAGUGCCCUUUUGACCUGAAACACACCCGGCUGGCUGCCAUGAAGAGAUCUGGAUGCCGAGCCCUCCUGGUCCUCAGCUCCCUCUCAGCCCUGCUUUGUUACAUCUUCUUGGACCCGACCCUCUACCUGCAGGACCCUCAGCCAGCUGUCCCUCAGAGAAACAUCAGCAUCCUGCUGUGGCGCUGGCCUUUUGGCCGCUCCUACAGGCUUGAUGGAGACAAAUGCCUCGAGAUGUACAACAUCCGUCGCUGUUUCCUCACUGAUAACACCUCCACCUUCUCCACUGCUGAUGUGGUUGUCUUCCAUCACCAGGAGCUGAAAGAAGGAUUGUCGGCGCUGCCCCUGCACCUGGACCGCCCAGCCUCCCAGCACUGGGUAUGGCUGUCCAUGGAGCCCCCUGUCAACAAUCCAAACCUCACUCCUCUCUCCGGCAUCUUCAACUGGACGAUGAGCUACAGACGUGAUGCUGACAUAUACAUCCCCUACGGAAAGACCGUGCUUGGGGGGGAUGCACAGAGCUUCCAGGCUGCUCCUAAUCGCUCCUGCCUCGUCAGCUGGGUGGUCAGCAGAUUCCGUCCUCAGCAGGAUCGGGCUGCUGUUUACCGAAGUCUAAAGAAGUACAUCCCCAUACAGGUGUACGGCAAGUGGAACAAGAAACCCCUCUCGAACAAGAAGCUGUUGCCCACAAUUGCAAAGUGUGCAUUUUACCUGUCUUUUGAGAACUCUGAGGCAAAGGACUACAUCAGUGAGAAGCUCUGGAGGAACGCUCUCCAAGCAGGGGUGGUGCCUGUCGUUCUCGGCCCCAGCAGGGCCACCUAUGAGGCCAUGGCCCCUCCUGGUUCCUUUAUCCAUGUGGCUGAUUUCAAGAAUACAGCCGAUCUGGCUGCCUAUCUGAAGCAAGUGGCUGCAGACAGGCAAGCCUACGAGGAGUUCUUCCAGUGGCACCACACUCACAGGAUAAAGACCUUCACUGACUGGAGAGAGAGGCUGUGUCAGAUCUGUGUGCACUUCCCCGGGCUGGCAGCCAGCAGAGUGUAUCAGGACCUGGAGAGCUGGGUUCACAGCUGACAUUGCACCUCUUCAUGCCUUCAGGUCGCUUUUUUAUUUGGAUGCUUAUGAUAUUUGGUUAUCUCAUGCAAUUGGGUAAUACCAUACAGUUGUGGUGUGUGAUGAAAUGUGUCAGCCAUGCAAUUACGGUUAACAGAGAACAGAACACAAGCUAUACGAAAAAGCGGAAGUGGGAACUUGUGGGGAACCAUAAAUACUUUAGUUAUUUUGUUAAAACCACAGAAGCUCAGGCUACUGAUAAAUGUAAAUAAGGAGCACACAUUUCUCCGUCUGUUUGUUGUUUUUCUGCUCAGGGCCACAGGAAAAUAGGGUAACACAUAUCUGAUGAAUAUUUACAUGGCAUUUUCACAGUGGAAUACUUACAUUAAGAGUUUUCUGAAAUUGUUGGUAUAAAUAUGUAAAAUAGGCACAAAAUGUACAUUUAAUUCAAUUUGUGUUGAAGAAUUAGAGGAUUGUGGAUCUCGUCUCCGUGUAUCACUUCAUACAUUUAUAUUAAAUAUUGUUUACAGCAAUUACUUUUAUGUUUGCAAUGUUUUAAGGCUUUGAUAUCAGGCUAUGAUUUGACCAACCUCAGUAAAAACUUGUUGUCAAGACAGAUGAAUAUGGUAACAACAUUUUUACUAAUAUGAAACUUGCCUAGUUA